CCUUAUAUAUCCGGUAAAAAAAUUGCAGGGUUCACCCUAAUUUAAUAGGGCUCUGAGCUCUUAUCUAUCCAUCUAUCAUUCCAUAGCUUCAGAAAAAGAAAAAUGAAAGAGAAUAAAAAAUAAGUAAAAUAAAGGAGAUAUUUAUACUAUUAGUCUGUGAAAAUCUACAGUGAACCCUUGGAGAGAAAGAGUUGUUAAGAUUGCAGCUUUUGCAUUCAAAAUACCGGAAAAAGAAGCAAUUCUUGAAUAGGGGUUUGAAGAGAAGAGGAUAAAGAUAUUUCCUUUGUGAGCAAAGUUGCAGCCGGUGAAAGAAUUCCAUAUAAAAAGGGAUAAGAUUUAAACAGCUUUGAGAACUCAGCUGCGUGAAGUAUCUUCUGCUUAUCUGAUCAUCAUUUGGCAUUAACAGUCAGAACGGGAUAAUGGCUGUUUGUGGUUCAAGAACUUCUCACAUUGGCCAUUUUGUUGGUAAUAUCACUGCUAGGCGCUUGCAAUGUGGUUUGUCAGUGAACUGCACUGUUUUUUACAACAAAAGAGGCUUUGAGGAAGUUAGAAAAAUCAACAUGAGUUUGAGAAAUAAAGGACAUCCCAACAAUAUGCUUUUCCAAUACUUCACGACUCAUGUUACAAAGAGGUGGGCCGAUCCCAAAUCAUACAUAGGAUUUGGAUCAGAAGGUUUACACAACUUAUCCCCUGCGUGUUUCUCUUCUGGAACUGCUUCUGUUCCUGGUGUUUCUUCGGAUAAUGCUAAGGGCGAGGAGCAAGUUGCUAAUACUGCUGCUGAUUCUUCUGAAGCAAAGAUCCCCUUGAAGCUAAAUUCAGGAUCUUUUUACCUGCCUCAUCCUGCUAAAGCAAAGACUGGUGGAGAGGACGCUCAUUUUAUGUGUACCCUUACACAAGCUAUUGGUGUAGCUGAUGGCGUUGGUGGAUGGGCUGAUCUUGGUAUUGAUGCUGGGCUCUAUGCCCGUGAAUUAAUGUCCAACUCUUUAGCUGCGAUUCAAGAGGAACCAAAAGGCUCCAUAGACCUAAUCAGGGCACUGGAUAAAGCUUACGUGAAAACAAAAGCAAAAGGUUCUUCUACUGCGUGUAUUGUUGCACUCACCGAGGAGGGUCUUUAUGCAGUUAAUUUAGGAGAUAGCGGAUUUAUGUUGGUUAGACAUGGAUAUGCCGCAUUUAAAUCCCCUGCACAACAACAUGGUUUUAAUUUUCCUUAUCAACUAGACUGCAAUAAUGCUGGCGAUUCGCCUAGCUCGGCCAUGGUGUUUAAAAUUGCUGUUGCACCUGGAGAUGUCUUAAUUGCUGGUACAGAUGGGCUUUUUGAUAACUUGUAUGACGAAGAUAUCAAAGGAGUUGUACUUCAGUCCGUGGAAGCUGGCUUAGGGCCUCAAAUGACUGCUCGGAGGAUAGCAGAACUGGCACAACAAAGAGCAAUGGAUCCUAUUAAGUCGUCGCCUUUCUCUGAUGGAGCUCAAGAGGCUGGUUUUGAGUACCAUGGUGGGAAGUUGGACGACAUAACUGUAGUUGUUUCUUACAUAAUGAAUAAUGAAAAUUCAUAACAUGCUGGAAUUUGGGAGACAUGGAGAACUGGAACUUGUGAGUUGUGACCAGCUUGGUUUAUAGCUUGUAGCUGAUGGAGAUUCGGACAUUUAUAGUACCAAGUGGCAUCAGUUAGAAUAUUUUGUGUUUUGAUUUGUUUGGAGAACAAAUGAAAAGAAUGAGAGCUCUUAAGCCCCCAUAUUGGGUCUAGCUGAGGUUUAACCUCUCAGUUUCACCCCAAGUGUUUUACUUUUUGAGAUUCAAACAACAUCUUAGAAUUUAUUUGAGGAAUGAUUUUCUUCUGUUUACUUAGUAGAGGCAUUACUUGAUAAAAGGUUAGUGUUGACACUAAAUUAA